AUGGACGAGGGUAAGAGCAACGAUAUUUGCAUCUCUACGAGUAAAGGCAACUUUCAAACUCAUCCAGGAUUCUUCUUUUCUCGGUCAAAUGAACAUCUAUUGCGGAAAAGUCAAGAUCACACUGCACACAAUGCUCUUAUAGCAGACGAUUCCUCCAGCAUUACUUACGUGUCUUUGGAGAUUCUAAGGUUCAUGGCGAGGAGACGAGUUUUUGAGUCGGUCGACGGAAACACGUUGCCGAUGAGAAGCUCGAUGUAUUUUCGCCGACGAGUUCAGUUUUGGCUGGAGGUUUCGAGCUCCGGGAGGUACUUGUUUAUUUGGAUGUUUUGGGGGUUGAUGACGCUAGCUUUCAUGACCGUGCUCGCGAAGUUUGCUUUGUUGAACACCCUCCGUGACUUGAAGAUCAAUCAUGAUAAACUCAUUGCAGAAAGGUCUUACGAAAUUUCGAUUAGGACUAACAAAAUUAUUGCUGAAGGAGACAAUGAUAUUAUUAUUUCUGAAAUCAAGCAGAUUCCGCCAUCCAAGCCCACGACACCUGAUAUUUGGACCAAGCCGUCUUCCGAUUCCUACUAUAAAUGUGUUCAAAGAUCAGCUAAAGAAACGACAUACCCUACAAAUGGUUAUCUUCUUGUUCAUUCCAACGGCGGAUUGAAUCAAAUGAAAACCGGGAUAAGUGACAUGGUUGCCAUUGCAAAAGUGAUGAAUGCCACUUUGGUUCUCCCAUCUUUAGACCACAAUUCUUUCUGGACUGAUCCAAGCGACUUUAAAGAUAUAUUUGACUGGAAACACUUCGUUGAAUAUCUGCAAGAGGAUAUAAGUAUUGUUGAUUGUCUCCCACCAGCCUAUGCAUCGAUUAAAGCUCUUGAACGAGCCCCAGUUUCUUACUCUAAGGCAAGCUAUUACAGAGAUCAAAUGUCUUCUUUGCUGAAGAAAUAUAAGGUGAUUAACUUCACCCACACCGACAGCCGACUGGCUAACAAUGGCCUUCCAAACCCUAUUCAGAGGCUCCGUUGCCGUGCCAUGUACGAGGCGCUUAAAUUCACCGACGAAAUUGAAGAACUUGCCUAUAAGUUGAUUACUAGGCUCAGGGCUGAUAAUAAGCCUUACAUUGCUCUUCAUUUAAGAUAUGAAAAGGACAUGCUUGCCUUCACUGGCUGCGGUCACAAUCUAACCAAAGCCGAAGAUGCCGAGCUACAGAAAUUGCGACGUAGCGUCCGACAUUGGAAGGAAAAGCACAUCGACGGUGAAGAAAGACGACGACAAGGGGUAUGCCCAAUGACACCGCGAGAGGUAGCCGUGUUCCUCGAGGCAAUCGGCUUCCCUUCGGAUACCAAAAUCUACAUAGUGGCUGGGAAUAUUUAUGGCCAAGAUGGUGUCAACGCACUCCAAGCCAAGUACCCAAACCUAUACACCCAUUCAAAUUUAGCGACGAAAGACGAAUUGUCGCCUUUCAAUGAUCGCCAAAACAAGCUGGCGGCAGUUGACUACACCGUGGCACUGGAGAGCGAUGUUUUCGUCUUCACUUACGACGGAAACAUGGCCAAAGCAGUGCAGGGACAUCGUAAAUACGAAGGUUUCCGAAAAACUAUAAUACCAGACAAAAAAAACUUUGUGAGAUUGAUUGAUCGAAUGGAUAAGGGAACGAUAACGUGGGAGGAGUUUUCAACGAAGGUGAAGAUCCUGCAUGCGAAUAGAACAGGGGGAGCAGUUUUAAGAAAGCCUGGAAAAGCGGUGAAAAAAGAGGAAAGCUUUUAUGCGAAUCCAUACCCAGGAUGCAUCUGCGAGAAGUAAAUAGUUAUUUUUC